AUGCAGGAGGGCUGGAGCAAACCAUCCGCGCCGGCAAGGCUCUUGGGGACGAGCACGAUCAAUGAUAAGUCGUGGGCCAAUUCCAACCCAAACCAAACAGGAAACGUUUCGCUGUGGAUUGACCAAGUCCUCUCCCGUAUACCCGGGCCGAAGACGUGCAAAUUGACAACUGAAAGCGAUGUGAAACGAGGGCUGGAAUGGCAGACCCUGUUUGAAUACUGCAAGAAGUCAGAGAGUUUCCAGGUGCCCACCGAGGCCCAGAUCGCUCAUGGAGCUCACUACAACGCCAGCUAUCAUGGCGGUCUGCAGGGCCCUCUGAAGGUCGGCUGGGCCACCUCCAUGACCAACAGCAGCGUCUUCCCCGUGCUGGAACAGCCCUUCGAGAAACUCGGUGUUCAGUACAAUCCCGACUCCGAAGGUGGCAAGAUGGUGGGACUCACCGUUCGUCCCGAUACGCUGGACCGGACGAGGAACGUUCACGAAGAUGCUGCUGAGGGUAGUAUGGUCAAUCCCGAGCCCAAUCCCGAGUCCAAAGUGUACGCGACCCAGAAUCUCCGCGUGGUCGAUGCCUCAGUCCUGUCGUUCCAGCUCUGCGGCCAUUUGACGAGCAUGUUGAGCGUCAACCACUACCAAACCCGCCACUUUGACGCAGCCGGCAACAUCGCCCCCGAGCACCAGCUCCCGCCCGCCUGCGUCGGCGCCGUCUGCCUUGCCAGCUCGCUGUUUUGGUUCGACAGGACCGGCAAUGUCGACUCAGCCCACUGUUGGCGACGGCGAUGUUCCGGUAUCUCGGGGUCGGCUGGGCGUGUAAAAUACGUUGCUUGGGUGCCUGGCCGUGCUUUUUGUGAUGUAUCCCUUUCUGCUGUGGAAAUUCGGGAGGAGAUUGCGGUUGACGAGUCGAUUCGCGAGACAUGA